UUUAUUAUAUAUUGCUGAAGGUCUAAAGAUCUUAGCCUUCCCUUUUCAUUAGGACAAGUGAAGUGAUAUUCAUAGCAGUAGUAAAAAUAAAAUAGGAGUGUUUGAGUCUUCUUCAGCUUGGAAGCUUAAAGCUUUCAAGUUCUUGAAAACUAAGAAUGAGUCCACCAUCCCCGAACUAUCCAGGUUCAUGGCCCGGACCACCUUCCGUUCUUGGCAACUUCUUCAAUGGACUCUGUAGCACCGUAUCUUCUUGGUUGUUUCUACGUAGUUUGCUGUUGCUGGUUGCUACAAGACUGUUUUGGUGCACCAGCUGAACCACAACCUACUCCAGCAGCUCCACCACCACCACCACCAGCUCCGGCUCCGGCUCCACCUCCACCUCCACCUCCAUCAGAUCCCAUUGGUCUGCCGCCUGUGCCUGGCCCUCCUAAACCUCCUGUUCCGCUGCCACCACCAGCAGCUCCUGACCCUUUUUGGCCUCCUGGCCCACCCGGUUCGUCUCCUGGUGGCCCAUCGGGACCUCCUGAUUGGCCUUUUGGUGGGCCACCAGUACCUCCUGGUGGACCUCCGGGUCCUAGUGGUCGACCGGGACCUCCCGGUCCUAGUGGCCCACCAGGACCUCCACCUCCUUAAGGAAGAAUACGUAAUUUUAUUGGCAGUCUGUCUAUAGUAAUUCAUGCACUUACAACCAACUCUAUUUUUGGUUGGUGCAUAGAUUCAUGCAUGCUAACCAACGGCAACAAAUGCAGACCAAAGGAUUUUCUGAAGUUAUGAAACGUUAUGUUCAUUGUGACUGCAGGAGAUCUUAUAAUUUGGACCAAAAGGUUAUCAGAGUGUAUCCAUGUUAUGGAGGGUACUCAUAACAGGAGAAAAAGUGGGCUUUUCAUGUUAAACAAUUUCAAAUAAAUAAAUUUUACGUGUUCAAUUUUGUAUA